AUGAUCCGCGAGACAAACCGCAUCACGCGGCGCGCCGCCAGGUACCACGUACGCGGCGACCACGCACGCGCAGAGGAGCUCUACGACGAGGCGGACGCGCGCCGCGCGGAUAUCGAGAGUCGCGGCGUUGAGCUGAAGGAGCGCGACUGCCGCAGCUGGCGCAGGCUGCAGACGCAGACACAGUCCGGCACGACGCGCAAGCUGCAACGUAAGACGUAG